GCGCAGGACUUCGACCCGGUGCAGCGAUUCCGGCUGCUCAUCCCUCAACUGAAGGAAAGCCUGCAGACGUUGAUGAAGGUGGCGGCGCAGAACCUGGUGCAGAACUCCAACAUCGACAACGGGCAAAAGAGCGCCGACGGAGCCUUGCAACGCUUUGACAAGAGCCUGGAGGAGUUCUACGCACUGUGCGAUCAGCUUGAGCUCUGCCUUCGCCUGGCGCACGAGUGCCUCUCACAGAGCUUCGACAGUGCAAAGCACGCACCUGCGUUGGUGCCAGCGGCUCCCAAAGGAGAGGGGGCUGCCGGUGAGAGCCUCCCCUACACCCAGUACCUGCCCCUCAUCAAGGCACAGAUUGCAGGCGCCAAGGACAUCCACAACGCCCUGCUGGAGGGUGCCAACAAGAUCACCGGCAAGCUGCCCCCCACGGGGGGGCCCUGAUGAGGUCGUGGGGGUAGGAAGCGGGCAGCCCUUGUGACAAUAAAGGCACCCACGUGCAUGGCAGCGUC